AUGGAAAGCCGUUCAGUUCAUGACGUUGCUCCGAUGGUCGACAACUCCGAACGCAUCAUCAAGUUCCAUACUAGAGAUAAUGAGAUCAUUGAGAUGCCACAAAAGUGGAUUAUCAUCUCGAAGACGGUCAAGGAUUUCCUGGUCGAGCAUGGCUUCGAGGACAAGGUAUGUGAAGUAACACAGCCAAUUCGUCUGGAGCACGUCUGCGCCGAAACGUUGCGCAUCAUUAUGAAAUGGUGUCAGCGUCAUCACACGGAGAACAUCCCGGCGUCGCACGAUCGCGGAGCUUCCGGGCAAUACAAGGGACUUGACGAUCCAUUCGACGCGUCUAUCAUGCCGUCAAAACAGGCGAUUCUGUUCGAACUCAUCAUGGCUGCCAAAUUCUUGCAGCUCAAUUAUCUUCGCGAUAUUUCAUGUAACUACUUGGUCUACAAUGCUGGACGCGUGGCUUUCGCCAAGCUUUUCGAUCUGUCCGGAAGAACUGAUGAUUCAGAGCCUCUCGACAUGGCCAGAUUCGAGGCGAUGAACGACGGAAAAUUGUCCUUCUAA